AUGAAGUCCCUGUCAACUCUGGUCUCCAUCUUCUUCUUGAGAAGCAUUGUAUAUGCCCAGCUUCUCCCAUUACCCAUCUUCAAUCCGCUUGAUCCUAGAUUCUAUGACUGGCAACCGCCCGGACCCGACGAUUCUCGUGGCCCUUGCCCAGCUCUAAACUCUCUGGCCAAUCAUGGCUUCCUGCCGCACAGUGGCAAGAGUAUUACGGCCAUCGAUCUUAUUCGAGGCGCCUUUGAAGGCUUGGGUCUCUCACCAGAGUUUUCCGCUAUCGCAGGUGUUGCAGAGCUCUUAAAGUCAUACACACUUGCCUCAUUUGACCUUCACGAGCUAUCCAACCAUGGCUUCAUCGAUCAUGACUGCAGUUUAUCUCGCCCAGAUAUUGGAGACGGAGAUAAUAAUGACUUCAACGAGACGAUUUGGUCCGUUCCUCUCCAAGUUCUAAAGAACUACUCUAUUGUCACUCCUCAGGUUAUCGGGGCAGCCAGAACAGCGAGAGAUUUGUUCGACUUUGCUCAUAACCCGGCUCAAGACUGCGGUGCUCGUUCCAUUGCAUUGGGAGCCUUGGAGAAUGGACUACUACUUGCCAGCCUCGGGGGAAGCCCAAAGUUGGAAUGGGUGCGAAGCAUAAUUGAGCAUGAAAGACUACCGACGGAUCUUGGCUUUACUCCAACUCCUCUUUUGAUCAACAAUUCUCCUAUUAUCCUCACAUUGGGUGUAGAUUCCCUCCUUUCUCAGCCUCAAUUAAUAAAGCUCUUGGGCAACAUUACGAUAAAAACUCCGACGGAUCUCCUAGCUGAAGUAUUUCCGAUGAAGAAUUAUAAUCUUACCUAUAUUACAUCAGUACUUGAGCUGGCUGGAUUCCCUUCCGUGGAUUUUUCGAACCUUUUGUGA